CGCUAACAGCUGAUACGCCGGCAUUUGGGAUUUUUUAGCGCAUUUUAAUGCGUGCAACAAAAUAUUUGAGAAUGGCCUUAAAAUACAUUGACAUUGGCGCCAAUCUCACGGAUCCCAUGUUUCGGGGCUGUUAUGGCGGCUCAACGAAACAUCCGGCAGACUUGGACAUAGUUUUGGAACGCGCCUGGCAGCACGGCUUGCAGAAGCUAAUUAUUACAUCGGGUUGUGUAAAGGAUGUGGACGAAGCGCUGCAGCUGACUGCCAAGGAUGAGCGCCUGUACACAACCGUGGGCGCACAUCCCACACGCUGCGGUGAGUUCCUGCCCGAUCCGGAGCAGUACUACAGCGAGUUGCGCUCCAGAAUCAAAGCGAAUCCGGAGAAGGUAAUCGCUGUGGGCGAAUGCGGACUGGACUAUGAUCGCCUGCACUUUUGUGCGAAGGAAACACAGCUGCAGUACUUUGAGAAACAGCUCAGCCUGGCGGCGGAAUUUCGAUUGCCGCUCUUCCUGCACAUGCGAAAUGCUCACAAGGAUUUCAUGGACAUAUUGGAGCGCAAUCGAGACCAGCUCAAGGCUUGCGGUGGCGGUGUGGUGCAUAGUUUUACCGGCACACUGCACGAGGCCAAGAACAUAUUGGCCUUUGGUGGUCUCUACAUAGGAUUGAACGGCUGCUCGCUGAAGACGGCCGAGAAUCUGGAGGUGGUGCAACAGCUGCCCAAUGACCGCAUUAUGCUCGAGACGGAUUGCCCCUGGUGUGGCAUACGGCCCACGCAUGCGAGUCACAAACAUGUAACCACAAAGUUUCCCACUGUCAAGAAGAAAGAGAAGUGGACCGCGCAGACUUUGAUCGAUGGACGCAACGAGCCAUGUCAGAUUGGUCAAGUCUUGGAGGCAAUUGCGGGCAUCAAACAGCAGCCCAAGGAGCAGCUGGCUGAGCUUUACUAUCAAAACACGUUGGACUUGUUCUUUAGCGGCUCGAAAUAAAAUUGGAGUGGAACUUGUACAUUUCAUGCUUUUACAUUUAUUGUAUUGUAUUAUUGUUGCUCGUGUCCUAAAUGCAAAUGAAUUCAAAAAUACGCAUUACAACUUGA